AGAAAUUGUAUGGGCUUUGGCACCAAAGUGAAAUUGAAAGGGUGACAAUAACGAGAUAGUGGCGUCCAAUGCAGCAGCCAUACCUUCCUUUGCGAGCAAGGAUGAAGAUACAAACUUCAAUCGUGAUAAAGCAAGGAAAAAGAAGACUAACAAAAUACCUAAAAAUUCCAUAAUGAAUUGUGUGGUGAGCUAUGAUACGGAUGGAAACACGGUGAUUUCCAAGGACGACGAAAUCGGAGACGGGUUAAUAACUCUGAAAUAUCCAGAGAACAAAGGAAACGUACAUGAAAGUGGACACUCGGCCAAAAAAGAAGAUAGAAAUGAAAUGGUUGGUUAUAACUCUACAGAAAAUAAAGCAGCGGAGAUAGAGCCAAAUAAUUUUGAAAAAAUAGGCAGACUUCUCUUGACAAACGAACAUGACAACAAAAUGAAGUACAUCCAAGAUCCUUGCGACCAAAGUAGAGAUCUUAGCAAUUUCACCAAAUAUCCUUGCGACCACAGCAAGUAUCUUUGCGACCGUAGCAAAGAUCCUUGCAACCGCAGCAAAGACUUGCAAGUUAACAAGGUCCAUGGCGAUGACUCACAAGUCGCUGAAAACGACGUCGAUGAUCUACGAGUCACCAAGAACACGGAAUUAAAUGCAGACACCGAUGAUCUCCAUGCUAAAACCAUGCACCAGGGACCUGUCCCAAACAAUAAACACAUAUACAUUAAACCUCCUCGUUUCAUAAAGAAAGAAAACGAGAAAAAACUGACAAAUCAGAUGAAGAUUAGUCCCAGAUUAAUUGAAGAAACACCCGAGACGAAGACUACAACAUCUGAUCUGCCACCGUGUCUUGUAACCACAGCAGCAUCAAGCACCCCUUCCUUUGCCAUUCCAAAAAUUCCCCCUCCUGCUUGUAAUGUUUCUAGCAGUAACAUGCCCCCCUUCGCUACUCCAAACAUUCCCCCUCCUUCUCGUAAUGUCUCUAGCAGUAAUAUGCCUCCAUAUGCACCGUCUACGCACAUCCUAGAUUACAGCGGUUUGCCAUACAUGCAUUUUUGGCCAUACCAAUUUACAGCUCCUCCGUCCACAACUCUGCUAAACGCCACUAAUUAUUCUACGACGACUCCAUCAACACAUACUGUAUCUUACUCGACAAAUGCCCCAUCAUACCAGACUGUACAAGCAUUGUCUUCUAUGGGCCCACCUAUGGCUACAUCACCGAUCCCAACAGCAAAUCAUGGUUUAGUAUCUCCACAAUCGCUUACACAAAUUCCUCCCAAGUUUGAUUUUCCUCCUCCUUUCAUACCGACGACUACUCCAUCACUGCCAGACAAUCAAAGUCACUAUUUACCCCCAAAUUUUCCAUCAAUGCCUCAGCAGUUAACAGAGCGCCAGCUACAGCACCCUGCCGUCAGUGUCCCUAUUGCCCCACGGAAUAGUCAGCACAACAUGUUUGUUCCACCUGUGGCUUACCCAUCUCUGCCUAGUCGUAACGUAAACUAUCCUUUUCAAACCCAGCCAGUGUUUGUCAUUGGGUAUUUCUUCAAUCCAAAUACAUGUAUCCCAAAAGUUGCUGCUAGUCCUGUCCAAACUCCGAUCCCUCCCGAUUACAAUAGGGUUUACGUUGCUGGUAGUAACGCCAUUUCACAUGAUGGAUCCAAUGGAAGCACCUGUGUUUUACCAGCAGCCACGUCAUCUUGAUUUGAAAAGAGCACACAAAGAGGAGAGCUGACAUAUGCUUCAACUUUUUAUGACGAGAAAACUCAAACUUAAGUAAAAGAGAAUACUGGAGAAAACGUUACAACUGGGAUAAACAAGUGAAGAUGGAUUGGCUUGUUGAUGCAGACGAAGUGUCACAAAAUCUGGAACCAAAAAUUCAACAACUCCGUAAAAAG